CGAUUUUAUGCAUUUACCGCAGGCGACCCCAAACAAUUGGAUGCGGUAACAAAAUCUGAGUUGGCUAACGUUUUGGGCUUCGGAAAAUCACUAAUGGAACACCUAUUAGAAGGAACACUUUAUAAACGUGAUCCAAAAACAGACACAUACAACAAACAAUUUGUCACCAUGCUAGUGAGAAACUACCGAUCACACGAAGAUAUUCUGUACAUCCCGAAUAAAUUAUAUUAUGAUCAAAAAUUAAAAGCAGAGGCUCCAGAAAACAUAACACAUUUGAUUAAUAAUGAAUCUCUUUCGUCACCAGUGGUUUUUCAUUCAAUACGUGGUGAAUGUAAAAAACCACGAGCAAACUCAAGUUCAUACAAUGCCGAAGAAAUCGAAAUGAUUAAAAAAUAUAUUCACGAACUAUUGAAUGGGCAGACGCUUGGAAAAAAGUUCAAGGCAAAUGACAUUGGUGUGGUAUCUCCCUACAAACUCCAAUGCAAUAAACUCAAGGAUAGUCUGGAAGAUUUCACUAUAGGUGUUGCGGAAACUUUCCAAGGGCAAGAAAAGCUGGUGAUGAUAAUAUCAACCGUUUGUUCCAACAACAUUUUACCUCAGUUUGUUCAAAAUGAACGGAGAAUCAAUGUCAUGCUAACGAGGGCUAAGGCCCUCAUGAUUAUUAUCGGUAAUGAUGAAACACUCGCGGCAAAUAACGACUGGCUUGAGUUAAUUAAUUUUU